AUGUCUCAAGCUCCCGCUUCAAUGAAACAAAUGUCUCAGAUGGACUCCGUUGCCACCAUGGUCGCUCUCGACAAGCCUUUCAAGGUCGCUGUCAUCGGCUCCGGUAAUUGGGGCACCACCAUCGCCAAGGUCGUUGCUGAAAACUGUAGCAAAUACAAGAACUUGUUCAAGAGCAGGGUCGACAUGUGGGUCUUCGAAGAGCAAAUCGACGGCAGAAACUUGACCGAGAUCAUCAACCAGGACCACGAGAACGUCAAGUACUUGCCCAAGAUCAAGCUGCCCCAGAAUUUGGUUGCCAACCCCGACCUUGUCGCCACUGCCAAGGACGCCGACAUCCUGGUGUUCAACAUCCCCCAUCAGUUCUUGAGACGUAUCUGUGCCCAAUUGAAAGGUCACAUCAACCCCAACGCAAGAGCCAUCUCCUGUUUGAAAGGUUUCGAACUGACCGAAAAGGGUGUCCGUCUGUUGUCCGACUACAUUGAAGACGAGUUGAAUAUCACCUGCGGUGCUCUUUCAGGUGCUAAUAUCGCCAUGGAGGUCGCCAAGAAGAAGUGGUCGGAAACCACGGUCGCUUACCACAUGCCAGAGGACUACAGAGGUGACGGGUACGACGUCAACCACGACGUCUUGAAGGCUUUGUUCCACAGACCUUACUUCCACGUCUCCGUCAUCGAAGACGUCGCUGGUAUCUCCAUCGCUGGUGCUUUGAAGAACGUCGUCGCUUUGGCCGUCGGUUUCGUCGAAGGUUUGGGCUGGGGUAACAACGCUGCCGCUGCUAUUCAAAGAGUCGGUCUAGGUGAAAUCAUCAAGUUCGGGCAAACUUUCUUCCCUGAAUCAAAGGUCGAAACCUACUACAAAGAAUCCGCUGGUGUCGCUGAUUUGAUCACCACUUGUUCCGGUGGUAGAAACGUCAAGGUCGCUAGACUAAUGGCUACUUCUGGUAAGUCUGCUGAAGAGUGUGAAAAGGAACUAUUGAACGGUCAAUCUGCUCAAGGUAUCAUCACCGCAAAAGAAGUCCACGACUGGCUAAAACAAUGUAACAAGGUCGACGAAUUCCCAUUAUUGAACGCAGUCUACGAAAUCGUCUACAACAACGUCCCAAUGAGCUCCAUUCCAGAAAUGAUCGAGGAAUUGGGUUCUUUAGGUCCACAUAUUCUAAGUAUGAUUGAAGAAGAGAAAUAA